GCCGCCUCCCAGUACACCGUGUCCGUGCGGCCCGUGAACAGCUCGCCAAACACAUCACACAACAACCAUGUGCGACGACGAUGUUGCUGCGCUCGUAGUGGACAAUGGGUCCGGCAUGUGCAAGGCCGGGUUCGCCGGGGACGACGCGCCCCGCGCCGUCUUCCCGUCCAUCGUCGGCCGCCCCCGCUACCAGGGCAUCAUGGUGGGCAUGGGCCAGAAGGACAGUUACGUCGGGGACGAGGCGCAGUCCAAGCGAGGCAUUCUGACCGUCAAGUAUCCCAUCGAACACGGCAUCGUGACCAACUGGGACGACAUGGAGAAGAUCUGGCACCACACGUUCUACAACGAGCUGCGAGUCGCCCCGGAAGAACACCCCGUCUUGCUGACGGAGGCGCCCCUCAACCCGAAGGCCAACAGGGAGAAGAUGACCCAGAUCAUGUUCGAGACGUUCAACACGCCCGCCAUGUACGUGGCUAUCCAGGCCGUGUUGUCUCUGUACGCUUCUGGACGAACGACGGGCAUCGUCUUGGACUCGGGAGAUGGCGUGUCGCACACCGUCCCCAUCUACGAAGGGUACGCUCUGCCGCACGCCAUCCUGCGUCUCGACCUGGCUGGCCGCGACCUCACCGACUACCUGAUGAAGAUCCUGACCGAGCGGGGCUACUCCUUCACUACCACGGCCGAGCGAGAAAUCGUUCGCGACGUCAAGGAAAAGCUCUGCUACGUAGCUCUUGACUUUGAGCAGGAGAUGGCCACCGCCGCAUCCUCGUCUUCCCUCGAAAAGUCAUACGAGCUACCCGACGGUCAGGUCAUCACCAUCGGCAACGAGCGUUUCCGUUGCCCGGAGGCUAUGUUCCAGCCGUCCUUCUUGGGCAUGGAGUCUUGCGGAAUACACGAGACGACUUACAACUCCAUCAUGAAGUGUGACGUAGACAUCCGUAAGGAUCUGUACGCCAAUACCGUUUUGUCUGGAGGCACUACUAUGUACCCUGGCAUUGCUGACAGAAUGCAGAAGGAAAUAACAUCUCUGGCUCCAUCUACCAUGAAGAUUAAGAUCAUUGCUCCCCCAGAGCGCAAGUAUUCCGUCUGGAUAGGUGGUUCCAUUUUGGCUUCACUCUCGACCUUCCAGCAAAUGUGGAUUUCAAAACAAGAGUAUGAUGAGUCUGGCCCUUCCAUUGUACAUCGCAAGUGCUUCUAGUCUAAAAUUGCUGAUUUGCUCUAGUCCUCUAAUUUAUUGUAUCUUUAAGAUAUUGAAGCUUCAACCAAGAAUUCUCUAUAAGAAUUUUAUAGAAUCGGGCAAUUACUGUUUAGUCAUUGACAAUGCUGUGUUUAUUUAUUUUUAUGGCAAAUUAUUUAAUUUUAUCAACGUGCAUGAGUAAUUUACAAUAAAGUCAUCUGUACUAUAA